AUGUUCGCCGCCACCUCCCUCGUUGCGCUCACGCUCGCCGCCUCCACGCUCGCCGCCCCCAGCCUCCAGGCGCGCGACGGCUGUGGCAGCAGCGCGACCGCGUUCGCCGACCGCGCGGGGCCCUUCCAGCUGUACGCGUACGCGAACUCGCUCGGGAUCCCGACCUCGGUCGACCAGGGCACCAAGCUCGUCAUCACGCCCCUCAUCGAGGUCGGCGUCGGCGGUGGCUCCGGCCGUCACUUCGCGCUGAGCACGUCGCUGCCCGCGCGCGAGGACACGCCAUUCUUCCUCUCUGGCAGCCGCCUGAUAGGGAACGACACCAACAACGCGCAGAUCACCGCGGGCGCGCUCACCCCGCGCGAGGGCACCGAGUUCACCUGGAUGGUCCCGAACGGGCUGCUCGCCGCCGCGCCGGUCUUCUGCGGUGCUCCGAGCACAUCGCCCGGCUUCGGCCCGCCGUUCCCGCUCCUCGCCGCGCUCGACGAGUUCGACGACCCGCGCGCCGACGGCUGGUCGAUCUGCACCGCGCGCGAGCCCGAGUUCAAGGAGCCCGCGCCGGCGGACGUGCUCGUUUUCAAGCCCGUCGCGGACGACCAGAACGACGGCGCGUACGACUUCAGCUCGUGCUACGGCGUCAUCGUCGGCAUCAUCGACUCCCAGUGA